GAUUCUUCAACAGCGACAAAAGGAUUCUGAUUCACCAACCGCGGUGGUUUGCUAGCGAACAUAAAACCGAAACAUUUAAGAUCUUUAGACCAAUCUUGUGUAUAUUAAUCUUAGUGUUUUAGAACAUCAUUCUGUUUACGUAUCUACUUGUUCAUUUAAACUCAAUUUGCUUAUUACAUUAGCAAAUGUGUUACAUUGGUACUGCGCUAGGCUAAUCUCCCUGAGCAUUUUUUAUUUUUAUUUAUUUCACCUUUAUUUAACCAAGUAGAGAAGUUGAGAACAAGUUCUCAUUUACAACUGCGACCUGGCAUGAGCUCACUAAACUAGACGGAGAAAGAAGCUCUGAUGAAAGGAGAGGAAGAAGCUUUCAGGAUGAAAAAGGAGGAAGAGGAGGCGAUCACAUUGAAAGAAGAAGAGGAUGAUAUUACAGUGAAAGAGGAAGAUGGGAAAGAGGUUGUCAGAGUGGAAAAAGAGGUAGAAGCUUUCGGAAUCAAAAAGGAGGAAGAUGCCGUAACAUUGAAAGAAGAGGAAGAACCUUUUAGAGUAAAAGAGGAAGAGGAGGCUAUCUCAAUAAAUGAGGAGGAAGACGUUUUGGGAGUGAAAAAGGAGGCGACUGAAGAUCCGAUUACCACCAGAGAGAGACAUGACUAUUGUCAAUCCUCUGGGGAGCCUCAACAACAUCCUGAUGCUGACGAGGCAGAGAAGAGUCUCUCCAGAUCAGAACACCAGAUGGUACAGCUUGGUCUGGUCUAGCAUACAGCUUGCUCUUUCUGGGUCUGGGCUGGGUUUCUGUAAAGCACUUUAUGACAACAGUGACAUCAGCAUCCAUAAUGAUAUGUGUCUGUGUCCCCUCUUUAUGGUUACCAGGACAACGCUAGCCCUUCCUCCCUCCCGGAGUCCCCGUGUCGUGCCUCUCCCGGUAGCGCAGUACUGCUGGGUAUGAAGAGGUUGUAUGUGCAGCUGGUGGACUGCAGGAAAACAACGGGGCUGAGUGGAACUGUGAGAGGAGGAGAAGAGAAGAAAGGAUCAGAUUUGACACAUCAAAGAGAAAGACCAGACUCAGAGGAACCAGAGCCAGGGACGUCCAAACCAACAAGAAGACACCAGUGUUCCCACUGUGUAAAGUGGUUUAACCAUUUAGGGAACCUGAAACAACAUGAGAGAAUACACACAGGGGAGAAGCCUUACCAUUGCUCCCAAUGUGGAAUGAGUUUCAACCAGCCGGGGGAGCUGAAAUGGCAUGA